CGUUAGCAACAUUUCAAGACAGACGCCAGGCAAAGGGCGAAGGCGACGCAGUUCCAUCGAGUAAACAAACAUUGAAAAUGUUGAAAGAGUUGGUGAAGCAGCGACUCAUGAUGGCGGCUGAUGAAAUAUUUGCGCUGUUUGAAAGAACGAUAGCGUCGUACGAGGAGGAACUUUCCCGAACGAGAGAGGAGAAGGAGCGACAUCGACAACAGCAGGAAGCUGUUAGCAAGACUCACAUUGUGUUACGCAUUGAAGACGUCCAGCAGCCGAUUGGUCAUCCAGACGAACGUCCCUCUCAUCCAAAAUUGAGGAGCUCCACUUUGAAGCAGGAGGACCCUCAGCCCCCCCAUGGUAUAGAAGAAGAAGAUCCCCAAUUCCCCCAAGUUAAAGAAGAAGAGGAGGAGCUUUCCACUACUCAGGAGAGAGAGUGUCUUCUAGGGCCGGAGGAGGCUGAUUUCACCAAGUUGCCACCAACUGGUGUCUCUGUGAAGACUGAAGAUCAUGAAAACAAACCACCUGAGUCCUCACAGCUUCAUCACACUCCAAGUGAGGAGAACAGAGAGGCGGAGCCUCCAAGCAGCAGCAGCUCACCACAACACAUGACAACAGAAGCUGAUGGAGACCACUGUGGAGGAUCACAAGCAGACAAGCUCUUAGCUCCACUAUCAGAUAGUGACGACACAACGUCACACUCUCCUGAGGAUGAAGACUGGGACCACACCCAAGAAGCUUUGAGCAGCGAUACAGACUGUGAAGGUGAUAUGAGGACUCAGACUGACAACAAACACUCUGAAUGCUCUAAAAAGAAGACAGGUAAAAAACGUCUGGCCUGUUCAGAAAGAUUUUCUCUAAAAUGCAAUUUGACUCAACAAAUACUGACACCCACGGGAGAAAAACCUUUUUGUUGUUCAGUUUGUGACAAACAAUUCUCUCAAAAGUCACACAUGGAAUCACACAUGACAACGCACACUAGAGAAAAACCUGACGGUUGUUUGGUUUGCGACAAAGGAUUCUCUCAAAGGUCACACAUGGAGUCACACAUGAGAACUCACACUGGAGAAAAACCUUUUAGCUGUUCAGUUUGUGACAAACGAUUCUCUCGAAAGUCACACAUGGAAUCACACAUGGCAACUCACUCUAGAGAAAAACCUUACAUUUGUUCAGUUUGUGGGGAUAAAUUUUCCUUAAGGGCCUAUUUGGCAAGACACAUGAGAAUUCACAAAAAACCUUUUACCUGUUCUGUUUGUAACAAUGAGUUCUCUCGAAAGUCACACAUGGAAUCACACAUGACAACUCACACUGGAGAAAAACCUUACAGUUGUUCAGUUUGUGGUGAUAAAUUUUCUUUAAGGUCCUAUUUGACAAAACACAUGAAAACGCACAGUGGAGAAAAACCUUACAGCUGUUCCAUUUGUGGCAUGAAAUUUUCUUUCAGGUCCUCUUUGACAAGACAUAUGAGAACGCACACUGGAGAAAAACCUUUUAGCUGUUCUGUUUGUGACAAACGAUUCUCUCGAAACUCACACAUGGAGUCACACAUGACAACUCACACUGGAGAAAAACCUUUCAGUUGUUCCGUGUGUGGUCAAGAAUUCACUCGUAAGGACAGCAUGGUGUAUCACAUGAGACGACACAGAGGAAAAAAAGCUUGUCAAGAAGGGUUGGGGUCAGCCUCAGAUAAAAAUAAGAUAGAUGAUGAUGUGUGAAAUUGAAUGAGCAGUUGGCAGAACCAUUCUUGGAACCACAAAAACUUUGUAUUGUCUUUCUGACAUCCAUACCAUAAAUAACUAAUGCAAUCAAUAUCAAAUAUGUAUUGCUAUGUUAUUAAAUUUUUUGUCAUAUUGCUGUCCUUGAUAAAUAAACAACUAUGAAACAGGAGUGAAAUGACGUGGUAAUUUUGACACCCCCAGUGUCAUCACGACCAGAACACGUUCCAGGAACCAGAUUCAAAUCCAUCAUGCCAUGAACUCACAGCAAAGCC